UUUUUGCAGAGGAGGAAACUGAAGCUUAGAGAUUAAGUAACUUAUCCAAAACUACACACACAGUAAGUGAAAGAGCCAGAAUUCAGAGUCACAUUUAUCUGAUUCUGAAAUCUGUGCUGUAUUGCCUCUCUAAUACCUCUACCAUCUCCUGACCUCAUUCCCUACCCUUCAGUGCCAGGAUUACCACCUCCAUCUAUAUCUACCUGACUUAUACCUACGUCUUCAUACGGCAUAAGUGCAGGGUGGGACCUGGUCUUUUUCUCCCAUAAUUUUAUCUGGCCCCCUAAGCCCUUCCCCGUUUCACAGUAGUCUCAUACCCUUUUCCCAUCCAGCCAUCUGGAUACAGGGGCCUCCUUUCAUCUCUUCUCUCUGCCAUGGCCCAACCCUUCAUGUUCACAUUCUAGCUCUGUCCUGCCAUUUAUACUCCCUGUCCUGUCCUUUCCCUGUCCUGACUUUCCUCACUUGUUCUGGCUCCACUGUCUUACAGGCUGCCGUCCUCCCUGCUCACCUGUGUCAUCCUAAGUCCUGAUCUGUACCCCUCAGCCAUGCAGACUGUCCAGACGGUCCUACUUAACUCUCAGCUCUUUCUGAUACCUUGCCUGUAAUUCUUUUCAUCCUCUCUUGUGACUUUUUCCGUUUCUUAAACUUCUUUGUUUCCCUCUCUUUUCACUCCAUUCUGCCUCUCUUUUAAAUCCCAGAGUAUGUUUAAGUAAUUUAUUUCAGCCUAUUCUUGACCUUCUCUCUUUGGCUUCUAAAUUCCGUACAGUCUGCCAGUCACCACCCAUCCUGUCUGUGCCUCAAGAUUCCACUCCCUACAUGAAGUCUUUUCCCUUUCCCAUACUGCCUUUACUUCUCUCCUUGUGUGUCCUAGGAGGUCAGGAUGGUGGGGGAACGGCGCACUGGGGACCUCAUGGUGCCCUUGGGGCCCCGGCUGCAGGCAUAUCCUGAAGAACUUCUUCGACAGCGGCCUGGGCAUGAUGGCCGUCCUGAAUACCUGAUCCGAUGGACUGUCCUGAAGUGUGGGGAAGUGGGCAGAGUGAGUGAGGAAGAGGGCAAGGCAGAGCACAUCCUCAUGUGGCUGUCAGCCCCCGAAGUCUACGCUAACUGCCCCAUGCUGUUAGGCGAGCGGGCAUUAUCUAAGGCACCUCAGCAUGAAACAGCUGGGGGCUCAGGAAGCUUUCCGCGAGACCCAGGAGGCCUGGAUGAUGUGGCAAUGGGAGAGAUGGAAGCCGAUGUGCGGGCACUGGUACACAGGGCUGCCAGGCAGCUGGCAGAAGGGGGAACCUCGAGCCUCACGGCCGCUGUGCUCCACACCAUCCAUGUGCUCAGUGCCUACGCCAGCAUCGGGCCCCUCACUGGGGUCUUUAGGGAGACGGGAGCCCUGGACCUGCUCAUGCACAUGCUAUGCAACUCUGAGCCUCAGAUCCGUCGGAGCGCAGGCAAGAUGCUACAGGCUCUGGCAGCCCAUGAUGCUGGAAGUCGGGCUCACGUCCUCCUGUCACUGAGCCAGCAAGAUGGCAUCGAGCAGCACAUGGAUUUUGACAGCCGCUAUACUUUGCUGGAGCUGUUUGCAGAGACCACAUCUUCUGAGGAACACUGCAUGGCCUUUGAGGGCAUUCAUCUGCCUCAGAUCCCAGGAAAGCAGCUCUUCUCCCUGGUGAAACGUUACCUGUGUGUCACUUCCCUGCUGGAUCAGCUGAAUAACAGUCCGGAGCCAGGGGCUGGAGACCAAGGCUCCCCAUCCUCAAGGGAGGAUUUUGGCCGGGUGAAAAGCCGGGGGCAGCGGGAGCUGGAGUUCAGCAUGGCUGUGGGCAGCCUCAUCUCAGAGCUGGUGCGGAGCAUGGGCUGGGUCCGGAACCUCAACGAACAGGGCACACCACCGUCCCGGCCAACGCGGUCCAUCUUUCAGCCUGGCAUUUCAGGCCCCAGCCUUUUACUGCCCGCCGUUGUUGCCACCCCCAAGAAGCAAGGACGGGCCUUCCGCCAGCGCUCCGAAUUCUCUAGUGAAUUCUUCAGUGGCUACAGGGAGUAUUACUUGCAGCGCUACAGUGAGUACGUGCAGCAGACGCUGCAGCCGGGGAUGCGAGUGCGGAUGCUGGAUGAUUUUGAGGAGAUUCAUGCUGGGGACGAGGGCGAGUUUCGGCGGAGCAAAAAUCGUGUGCCCCCUGUGCAGGUCUUUUGGGAGUCGACGGGCCGUACCUGCCGGGUGCACUGGUACAUGCUGGAGAUCCUGGGCCCUGAGGAAGCUGCUGAGGAUUCGGCUUCAGCAGCCAUGGAGAAGGGGGCAGGGGCUACAGGGUUGGGCACAGCACUUCCCUCCUGGGACUGGAAGCCGGUGGACGAGCUCUACUCUUUGCCAUACCUCCAGCCCGAGCCUCGGAAGAAUGAACUGGGGUACCUGACCCAGGCUGAGUGGUGGGAGCUGCUCUUCUUCAUCAAGAAGUUGGAUAUAUCUGAGCAGCAGCCGAUUUUCCAGAAUCUUCAGGAGAACCUGGAUGAGACCCUGGGUGAGAAGGCCCUCGGUGAGAUCUCCGUGCCCGUCACGAUGGCUGAGGGUCUGCUGCAGGUUCUCAGUAAUCGGUUUGAGGGCAGCACCCUAAGUGACCUGGUCAACUCCCAAAUCUACACCAAGUAUGGACUGCUGCCCGACACCCUGAGCAGCUCGUCUUCUUCACGAAGUCACUCCUGUACCCCAGAUGCAGAAGAGGAGUCCAAGUCAGAGGCCAGCUUCUCAGAGGAAGAGACUGAGACCCCCAAAGCAAAGGCUGAGGCCCUUAAGGCAGAGACAGAGCCCGCCAAGGGAAAAACUGAGCCCUCCGUGGCACAGAGUGAUUCACAGCUGUUCAACCAGCUUCUGGUGACCGAGGGGAUGGUUCUGCCCCUUGAGACGAAGGAGGCAGCCAGUGAAAUGGCUAGAGCCUUGCGGAGCCCCGGUCCACGCAGCACCCUGGAUCAGCACGUGGCAGGGGUCGUGGCCACUGUGCAGAUAUCCAGCCUGGACACAAAUCUGCAGCUUUCAGGGCUCUCUGCCCUCUCUCAGGCCGUGGAGGAGGUCACUGAGCAGGACCACCCUCUGGUCCAUCCUGACAGAUCCCUGAGAGAGAAGCUAGUGAAGACGCUGGUGGAGCUGCUGACCAACCAGGUGGGAGAGAAGAUGGUGGUGGUGCUGGCCCUGCGCCUCCUCUACCUGCUCAUGACCAAGCACGAAUGGCGCCCCCUCUUCGCCAGGGAGGGUGGCAUCUAUGCUGUGCUGGUUUGCAUGCAAGAAUAUAAGACUUCCGUCCUGGUGCAGCAGGCAGGGCUGGCGGCACUGAAGAUGCUGGCCAUUGCCAGCUCCUCGGAUAUCCCCACUUCUGUUACUGGCCGAGAUUCUGCCCACCCUUUGUUUGAUGCCCAGAUGACCAGAGAGAUCUUCGCCAGCAUUGACUCAGCCACCCGCCCGGGCUCUGAGAGCCUGCUCCUCACUAUCCCUGCAGCCGUGGUCCUGAUGCUGAACACGGAGGGGUGCUCCUCUGCUGUGAGAAACGGCCUGCUCCUGCUCAAUCUGCUUUUGUGCAACCACCACACUCUGGGAGAUCAGAUUAUAACCCAAGAGCUGAGAGACACCUUGUUUAGACACUCGGGUAUAGCACCGGGGAGAGAACCCAUGCCCACCACGCGCACCAUCCUCACAAUGCUUCUCAAUCGCUACUCGGAGCCACUAGGCAGUCCCGAGCAUGCAGCCCUGGAGACCCCUGGCGCCCAGGGCCAGGAUGGGUCCCCUGAGCUACUGAUCCGAUCCCUGGUGGGGGGCCCGUCUGCAGAACUCCUCCUGGACUUGGAGCGCGUGCUGUGCCGCGAGGGCAGCCCUGGGGGCGCUGUGAGGCCCCUCCUCAAGCGCCUCCAGCAGGAGAGCCAGCCUUUCCUCCUGUUUUUGCGGACCCUGGAUGCUCCUGGGCCCAACAAAACUCUGCUGCUGACGGCGCUGAGGGUCAUGACCCGGCUGCUGGAUCACUCUGAAGCAAUGGUCCUCCCCUGGCACGAGGUCUUGGAGCCCUGCCUCAGCUGUCUGAGUGGCCCAAGCAGUGACUCUGAGAUUGUUCAGGAGCUGCUCUGCUUCCUGUAUCGCCUGGCCUCGAUGCACAAGGACUAUGCCGUGGUGCUCUGCUGCCUGGGAGCCAAAGAGGCCCUCGCCAAAGUCCUGGACAAGCACUCGGCUCCGCUGCUGCUGGCCUGUGAGCUUCGGGACCUGGUGACAGAGUGUGAGAAACACGCCCAGCUCUAUAGUAACCUCACCUCCAGCAUCCUGGCUGGCUGCAUUCAGAUGGUGCUGGGCCAGAUUGAGGACCACCGACGAACCCACCGCCCCAUCAACAUCCCCUUCUUUGACGUGUUUCUCAGGCAUCUCUGCCAGGGCUCCAGCGUGGAAGUGAAGGAGGACAAGUGCUGGGAGAAGGUGGAGGUGUCCUCCAACCCGCACCGGGCCAGCAAGCUGACCGACCGCAACCCCAAGACCUACUGGGAGUCCAAUGGCAGCACCGGCUCCCACUACAUCACCUUGCACAUGCACCGCGGGGUUCUCAUUAGGCAGCUGACUCUGCUGGUGUCCAGUGAGGACUCAAGUUACAUGCCAGCCAGGGUGAUGGUGUUUGGGGGUGACAAUGCCAGCUGCAUCAGUACAGAGCUCAACAUGGUGAGUGUGAUGCCCUCCGCCAGCCGCGUGAUCCUCCUGGAGAACCUGACCCGCUUCUGGCCCGUCAUCCAGAUCCGCAUAAAGCGCUGCCAGCAGGGCGGCAUCGACACCCGGGUUCGGGGUGUGGAGGUCCUGGGCCCCAAGCCCACUUUCUGGCCACUAUUCCGAGAGCAACUGUGUCGCCGUACGUGUCUCUUCUACACAAUUCGGGCACAAGCCUGGAGCAAGGACAUUGCGGAGGACCGCAGGCGCCUCCUCCAGCUCUGUCCCAGACUGAAUAGGGUUUUGCGCCACGAGCAGAAUUUUGCCGAUCGCUUCCUCCCUGAUGAUGAGGCCGCCCAAGCACUGGGCAAGACCUGCUGGGAGGCCCUGGUCAGCCCCCUGGUGCAGAACAUCACCUCCCCCGAUGCAGAAGGUAUGAGCUCCUUGGGCUGGCUGCUGGAUCAGUACUUAGAACAAAGGGAGAGCUCUCAGAACCCCCUGAGUCGAGCAGCUUCCUUUGCCUCCCGAGUCCGUCGCCUGUGCCACCUGCUGGUGCACGUGGAGCCUCCUCCCGCGCCUUCUCCUGAGCCGUCCGCUCUGCCCCUCAGCAGGAACAGUAAAGGUCGGGACCGGAGCCCCGGGCCUUCACCAGUGCUUCCGAGCAGUAGCCUGAGGAACAUAACCCAGUGCUGGCUGGGCGUGGUGCAGGAGCAGGUCAGCAGGUUCCUGGCUGCAGCCUGGAGGGCCCCAGACUUCGUGCCCCGUUACUGUAAACUCUAUGAGCGCUUGCAGAGAGCAGGCUCCGAGCUCUUUGGGCCCCGGGCGGCCUUUGCGUUAGCCCUGCGCAGCGGCUUCUCGGGCGCCUUGCUGCAGCAGUCCUUUCUCACCGCUGCCCAUAUGAGUGAGCAGUUUGCCAGACACAUCGACCAGCAGAUCCAGGGUGGCCUGAUUGGCGGAGCCCCUGGGGUGGAAAUGCUGGGGCGGCUUCAGCGGCACCUGGAGCCCAUCAUGGUCCUCUCUGGCCUGGAGCUGGCCACUACCUUUGAGCACUUCUACCAGCACUACAUGGCGGACCGUCUCCUGGGCGUGGGCUCGAGCUGGCUGGAGGGGGCCGUGCUGGAGCAGAUCGGCCUCUGCUUCCCCAACCGCCUCCCCCAGCAGAUGUUGCGGAGCCUGAGCACCUCGGAGGAGCUGCAGCGCCAGUUCCACCUCUUCCAGCUCCAGCGGCUGGACAAGCUGCUCUUGGAGCAGGAAGAUGAGGAGGAACAGGGCCUGGAAGAAGAGGAGGAGGAAGAGGAGGAAGAGGAGGCUGAGAAAGAACUAUUUAUCGAAGACCCAAGUCCAACAGUUUCUAUACUGGUCCUGUCACCACGCUGCUGGCCGGUCUCCCCACUCUGCUACCUGUACCAUCCCAGAAAGUGCCUUCCCACAGAAUUCUGUGAUGCCCUUGACCGCUUCUCCAAUUUCUACAGCCAGAGUCAGAAGCAUCCAGCUCUGGACGUGGGACCGCGUCGGCGGCUGCAGUGGACGUGGCUGGGCCGGGCUGAGCUGCAGUCUGGGAACCAGACCCUGCAUGUGUCCACCGUGCAGAUGUGGCUGCUGCUGCAGCUCAACCGGGCGGAGGAGGUGUCAGUAGAGAGCUUGCUGAAGACGUCUGACCUCAGCCCCGAGCUGCUGCUCCAGGCACUCGGGCCCCUCACCGCUGACAGUGGCCCUUUGACCCUGCACGAGGGUCAGGACUUUCCACACGGGGGUGUGCUGCGGCUCCGGGAGCCUGGGCCCCGGCCCUGUGGGGAGGCCCUGUGGCUGCUGCCUCCCCAGACGUACCUGAAUGUAGAGGAGGAGGAGGGCCGGACCCUGGAGCAGAAGAGGAACCUCUUGAGCUGUCUUCUUGUCCGUAUUCUCAAAGCCUACGGGGAAAAGGGCCUCCACGUCGACCAGCUGGUUUGCCUGGUGCUGGAGGCCUGGCAGAAGGGUCCAAAUCCCCCUGGAAGCCUGGGCCGUGCUGUUGUUGGGGGCGUGGCCUGUACCAGUACAGACGUCCUCUCUUGCAUCCUGCACCUCCUGGGCCAGGGCUACGUGAACCGGCGCGAUGAUCGGCCCCAGAUCCUGACAUAUGCCUCUCCACAGCCCAUGGGGCCCUGCCGGGGCCAGGCAGAAGUCCCCUUCUACGGCAGCCAGACCUCCGAGACCUCCAAGCCUAGCCCAGAAGCUGUGGCCGCCCUGGCAUCCCUGCAGCUGCCCGCAGGCCGCACCAUGAGCCCCCAGGAGGUGGAAGGGUUGAUGGAGCAGACAGUGCAGCAGGUGCAGGAGAUGCUGAACCUGGAGCCCGAUGUGGCUCAGCACCUGCUGGCUCAUUCCCACUGGGGUGCCGAACAGCUGCUGCAGAGCUACAGCGAAAACCCUGAGCCACUGCUGCUGGCGGCUGGGCUGUGCGUCCCCCAGGCCCAGGCCGCCCCCACACGCCCCGACCACUGCCCUGUCUGUGUGAGCCCCCUGGAGCCCGACGAUGACUUGCCGUCCCUCUGCUGCAUGCACUACUGCUGCAAGUCUUGCUGGAAUGAGUAUCUGACGACUCGAAUCGAGCAGAACCUUGUGCUGAACUGCACCUGCCCGAUUGCUGACUGCCCCGCGCAGCCCACAGGAGCCUUCAUCCGUGCCAUCGUCUCCUCACCAGAAGUCAUCUCCAAGUACGAGAAGGCCCUCUUGCGUGGCUACGUGGAGAGCUGCUCCAACCUGACCUGGUGCACCAACCCCCAGGGCUGCGACCGCAUCCUGUGCCGCCAGGGCCUGGGCUGUGGGACCACCUGCUCCAAGUGUGGCUGGGCCUCCUGCUUCAACUGUAGCUUCCCUGAGGCACACUACCCUGCCAGCUGUGGCCACAUGUCUCAGUGGGUUGAUGACGGCGGCUACUAUGAUGGCAUGAGCGUCGAGGCCCAGAGCAAACAUCUGGCCAAGCUCAUCUCCAAGCGCUGUCCCAGCUGUCAGGCUCCCAUUGAGAAGAAUGAGGGGUGUCUGCACAUGACCUGUGCCAAGUGCAACCAUGGAUUCUGCUGGCGCUGCCUCAAGUCCUGGAAGCCAAGUCACAAGGACUAUUACAACUGCUCCGCCAUGGUGAGCAGAGCAGCUCGCCAGGAGAAGCGGUUCCAGGACUACAACGAGCGGUGCACCUUCCAUCACCAGGCCCGGGAUUUCGCUGUGAACUUGCGGAACCGCGUAUCUGCCAUCCAUGAGGUGCCCCCACCCAGAUCCUUCACCUUCCUCAGCGACGCCUGCCAGGGUCUUGAGCAGGCGCGAAAGGUGCUCGCCUACGCCUGCGUGUACAGCUUCUACAACCAGGACACAGAGCACAUGGAUGUGGUAGAACAGCAGACAAAGAACCUGGAGCUGCACACCGACGCCCUGCAGAUCCUCCUUGAGGAGACCCUGCUGCGAGGCAGAGACCUGGCCUCCUCACUGCGCCUCCUGCGGCCCGAGCACCUCAACACGGGCCUGGAGCUGCUGCGGCGAGUCCAGGAGCGGCUGCUGGCCAUCCUGCAGCACUCCACCCAGGAUUUCCGGAUUGGACUCCAGAGUCCGUCAUUAGAGGCUCGGGAGGCAAAAGGGUCCAACGUGCGCGGCAGUCAGCCCCAGGGCUCCUCGGGGCUGGAGGUGGAGGAGGAGGAAGAUGACGACAUGCCCGAGUGGCAACAGGACGACUUUGAUGAAGAGCUGGACAACGACAGCUUCUCCUAUGAUGAGGAUUCUGAGAAUCUGGAGCGGGAGACGUUCUUCUUUGGAGACGAGGAGGACGAUGACGACGCCUAUGACUGAGGGGGCAGGAUGCAGGGGGCCUGGAGCCGCCCUGGAGUCAGGAGACUACAGGGGCUGGGCGGGCGCCCCUUUCCUCCUUUCGCAGGGGGAGGUGGUUCCUCGUGUCUGUGGAACCUUCUGUUUACUGAAUAAAACUCUUUUCAUAUGUUCCCUGGAA